GGUGAGUGCACUAACGUGCCUGGAGGCCGUUUUAAUGAGUGUUUGCUGGAAAACCAAAAAUACAAGAAGGAUUUGUACGUUUUCACAAUGGGGGAGUUUGCCUUCUUCUGCUUUUUAUUGUUAUCCAUCCAUUUUCUUCUGCUUAUCAAGGACUGGUUUACCCGGGCAGCAGCCUAAGCAGAGAAGCCCACAUCUCCCUCUCCCCAGCCACCUCCUCCACUUCUUCUGGGAUAACACCAAGACAUCCUCAGGCCAGCUGAGAGAUAUAGCCUCUCCAGAGUGUCCUGGGUCUGCCCUGGGGCCUCUUUCUCCUUUUCUCAUCAGCCUCUCUUCAACGUGAAGGAAUAGCAGUUCUACUCUGAGCCCCUUUUGAGUAGCUGAACUCCUCAGCCUGUCUUUAAGGGAGAGGCAACACCCUUAGAGAAAGCUCUUUUUUUUUCAUCUGUCAGUCCUCUGCUCAGCUGUCCCCAAACUCCUAAACGAGACCCAGAGAAGAUUAAACUCCUCCGCUUGAUGCUAUCUACAGAUUUGGGAUUAGCUACAGGCUCCUCCACCCCUGCUGGCUCUUCUGUCCUGCCCAGGAUGGCGCCCCCGGUGCCCCCUCGUCAGGUCCAGCAGUCCUACCGUCCAUCCAACAGCUCCUUCUCCCCUCUUACAGCCUCUAUGGGAGCUCCAUCUGUGGUGGCUACAGCCUGGGAGGAUACAGACACACACCUCACCUUGAAGACGUCCCCCCCAGCAGACACUAACUGGGCGAGCGAGGAGGACGACCACGUGGUGGCCAGAGGAGAAUAUGACUUGACAGCUGCUUCUCAGGAGGAGCUUUCUAUGCGAGCUGGAGAGAUGCUCAACCUCGCUCCUAAAGAGCUACAGCCCCGUGUGCGUGGCUGGCUCCUGGCCAGUGUGGACGGUGAGACCACAUGCUCGUCCCAGCCAACUACGUUAAGAUCCUCAGCAAGAGAAGAGACCGCCGGGCCACAGAUAUGAGAGGCUCGCUCAGGCCCAGCAGGCAAACACGCAGGCACCCCAAACAACCUCGUCUGCACAAAUACCCUAAUCUGUGCCUCUCCUGCAGCCCAUAAACGUACAGCAUCUACCCACAUCAUGUACAGUACUUGAAUGAUCCAUCUCGUCUUUCAGCUCAGUCUCGUCAGAUUCAUUAGGCUCAGCUGUGUCCCCCUCCUGUGUGCAGUUUCCUCGUUUCCCUCUGUGUGUAUUUAUAGUAGUGAUGGCCAAACAAAGCUUUCUGAAGCAUUGAAGCUUGUGUUGAAAAACGAUUCAUUACUGGAAGCUUUUUAACACAGUCCUCUCUGGUGACAUCUGGUGGUCAAAAAUAUGAAGAGCAGCUUGAAUCUACAAAAAAACUGAACUGCUUCAUUAUGAUUGCCCACUCUACACAGUGCAAUUCACAAUUCACAAUUGGACAUCACUGAUCACGUGACUGUGGCCAAACGAAUCAAGCAUCGACAGAGUGCUUCUGAAGCGGUGUGUUGGUGUUUUUUGACACACGCGCCGGAGCGUCAGCUUCAAGCGGGCCCUCACUAAUUUAUAGCAUUUGUCCUCUUGUGUGUGUUACUGGUCUGUCUGUGCUCCUCCAUGCUGUUUUUCCUGCUUGUCAUCCUUUGUGUUUUAACUCCAUUCCCUUGUGUCCAGGUUUGUUAUUUGGUUCUCAGCUUUCCCAGUUUAGGUUUUCUUAGUUUUGUUUCUCGCCUCCCUCGCCUUUGUUUGUAUGUCACUCUCCAUGAAUAAAGCUCACUCACAUCA